AUGAGUCGAUCACAUAUAGAUCUUCUUCGAGAUCCUCACUUCAUAACUAACACAAUUAUAGAACAUAAUCAACUUCGAAAUAUUUUAAGUCGUCUGAACACUCCCGUCUUGAUCGAUUAUGCUCAAGAUCUAAUUAAGACUAUUGUUAUCACCGAGUUCAACAAACAGACACCAACCGCGGCUAUAAUUCCAAUUGUUGAUGCCUCGAGUCCUAUAAAAAAGGAGAUCUUAAGCACAGUUUUGUCAGAGAAAGAACUUGACAUCAUUCAUCGUUAUGCUCUCGACAUUACACAAGCGUCUCUGAAUCUAAGCAAAGAACCAAUGGGAAUGGGUUUUAAUGGUGAUAAAGCAUUGGGCACUGAUCAACACGUCUUCGCCAUUCUAGGUCCACAUCGAGGACAAUAUUAUGGUGAAAUAGCUGUCGUAUUUAAACGAGAGUUAAUGCUUCAUCCCUCCUCUCAUUUUUCCAUUCCAGCAGCCACUUUAUUUCCAAAUGGUCAUGUUUAUACCUGUCUACCAUGGGUCAUAGAUUAUGGUACACAGGAUUCUCGAAUUCAUCAAUUUUACAAAUCAAAAUUGCAUUGCUCGGUAUCAGGCUACGAAUAUGCAGCAGCUACGCUACUCAUUGCAAUCAUUGGAAAGGACAACAAAACGACAAGCAUAGAUAUGAAUGACGUGAUCAGGUGGUGGGAAAAAGUCGAUUCUCACAUGGUUUUCGAGAGUUAUUUACCUUCACGGAUUCCUCUCAGCUAUAUCGAUCAUGUCUAUAUGCCAGAGAUUGUCUUCAAUUCUCUUACAUGUCAAGCACAACAUUCAGCUCGAACCAUUUUUCGAGAUAAACUUACUGUCACAAACAAUAAUGGCAAGUUAUAUGAAACCUAUUUAUUCGAACAGUUCACAAAACGAUUUGAUCCAAAUACCAAUGAACUUUCAACAUCCAAAGGCACUAUGAUAAAUCUCUUUGCAUAA